UGCGCCGCACGGAGCCCAACAGGGCCCACCGGACAGUUGUAGCACGACUCCGCUUCUCGCGCCGGCUGAGUGUAGUGCGCAGCGCAGACGGUUAUAACUCCCACACUAGCCUUGCCUCGCAGUCAGCAACCGUCUGUCCGUCGCUUCUUAGAAUAUUAGCCCGUCUCCGGUCCUCGAAGUCGGAGCCUCGGGCGUGCACGACUUAUUCGUUUAUCAAGCUCCCCGUUUCAGCUGUACAACUUAGGCGAGAAAUCUCCGCGUUCAAUCUUCAUCAGAGACGCAACUAUUACUACAAAAGGUGCUAGUAGCGCUGCGCUUUUUUUCUUGCAGUUGUCGCCAUGACCCGCCACGGCGCUCCCCUUCGCGCUGCGAGCCGCAUGAUACUCGCAUUGUUUCUCGUCGCGGCUUUCGCGGCGCUGGUCGCGCCGGUUUCCGCGGCGAAGCAGAGCGACUUCCCCGCGUGCUGGUACACGGGCCUGCCGCCCGCGCGGCCGAAUGUGACUGUAACGAGGUGCCUGGACGCGGCGGAGUGGACGUGCUGCUCCGACUGCGACGACCAGAAGUACGCGUUAGUGGAGGCAUCCACGGAUGGACGCGUUAUACUGAACCAGAUUGCCGCGGGGCUCGGCGACAAAUUCACCAACGUCAAUAUGAUGGUGUGCGCGCAGUUCAGCGAGUUCCAGCAGUGCCAGAUUCUUCUGGAGCAGGUCGUGUGCGCCACGGGAUGCAACCCGGAUUCCGGCAGCUAUUUCAAGCUGAUCGACGGGAAUCGCGUCAUGCAGGUCUGCAACACCUUCUCCCAGACAGUCUACCAGACGUGCAAGGGUUUGUCAUUGCCAGGAAUCGCCACACUGGACAAGUUUUUCCCAUCAGCCGAACGCUUCAUGGAGGAUCUUUUCGGCAAGGUCGGCACCGCUUUCGGCGUCUACAACUUCACUGUAGCUGUAACACCCGACGGCACCGACGCCACACAGUGUUACAACGGGCCAAAGAAGGUCCCCGCCAUUCCCUUCUGCUGUGACCCACUCGAUGUACCGGUUGAGAAGUGCCCCGCUAAGGUUAUGAAUUUCACCGAGUAUCCCGAUAUGAAGAAGUAUAUCAAUAGGACGGUCACUGACAAGCAGUGCAACCAGUUCAGAUGCAGCAGCAACAGCAGCAGCGGUGGCGGUGGUGCUGCUGCUGGUGGCACCAGUAGCAGCAAGCUGGUGGAUGGUAUCGCAUCUCCAACGGAUUGCAUUCCUGACGCCGGUAGCGCUAGCGGCAGCGCAGGCGACUCGAGUGAUGCUGUGAAUUCGGCCGGCAGCAGCAAUGGGGGCUCGAGUGGUGCUGUGAAUUCGAGCAGCAGCAGCAAUGGCGGCUCGAAUGGUGCUGUGGAUUCGAGCAGCAGCAGCAGCGGCAGCAGCAGCGGGAGCUCCCCAUCUGGGUCGUCUGGUGGGAAGAACUCCAAUCGCGUGCUUUCGGAAGUGUUUUCUGUUGCUGCUGCGUUACUGCUGCCAAUGGUUCUGGCAGUGCUGUGAAAGAGUGUUUGGUUGAUGGCGGCUCAUUCAAAAAUAGAAAUGUCUUCAAGCCUUAUGAACAGUACGGUAAGCUUGUCAACAUGGGAUGGGUAUUUGGGGAGUGAGGGGAGCAUAUAAUCCCGCAUGCCACCUGAAUGUCAUUCAAGUUAUCUAAUAAGUCACGACGAGGAAGAUUACUCCCCCAACAUGCAACGGACAUAGAAUUGAGAAAGCUUGCUUUCUUGUCCUUUGCAAUAGGCAUCGUUCUCAUUUCACGUGCCAUGGUACAAUAGUCGCUUACUAGCUUAUAAGAAUCUAAACAUACACGCAUCAUGAUCCUAGUUGUGUGCUCCCGUUCAAGUGACCG